CUGAGCUUCGCUCUGCACUACAAACAGGCUCUGUGGAACAAUGUCAACGUUCCCUGCUCUCCUUCUCGUGGCUCUCGGCUUCGUCUGUUUAGCAGACGCCCAUGUCUUCACGGAAGAAGAACGGGAGUUCUUCAAACAGCUCACGUUUGACCAGUUGCCCCAAGAAUUGAAAGUUGCCUUGAGAAAGAGGACAAGACAUGGGGUGUCCAGCUGGUGCUGUACGAACGACAAGCCAAUCAAGUCCAUCCAACACUCUAAGGUUGUGUCAGAAACGGUCAAGGUGACGUCAAGGGUCAAGGUCGGUUACACAAAAUGUGGUUUCCUGGCCACCAAUAUGUGCGCUACCUAUGACGUGAGAUACCAAAACCAACUGAAGUACGCCGUGACCUACUACGAAGUUCCGGAUAAGAGUCAAUGUGCCGAAAAGGACAUCAAGUGUUGUGAACACGAUUUGCAAAUAGCAGGAAACUGCUUGGAGCUGUCCGAAGCCAACAAAUACGUAGACACCCUAACCAAACUGAAGGAUAACGGCCUGCUUGACCUCCUUGGAUAAGCCAUAAUAAAGUGUAACAAGUGGUGAAAAAAUCGAAUAAAAGCUUUCAAAUUAC